AUGAAUCGUUCAACCACGUCGUUGGCUAGUAGCCAUACCCAAGUGGCCUCUUCCUUGAAGCCUCGAUGCAAUGAGAGUGCUCUUGACCUCGAGAAACGCGAGAAAGACGGUCGAAAUCGCCCCCAUGUGAUGGGAGACCCGGCAGAAAGCUCGUCGGCUCAAAAUGAGGCUCCAAAGACCAUCUCACAGGGGCCUCCAGUGCCACAAGGUCCUGGUGGCCUGGGCGGCCCGGGUGCUCCAGGUCCCGACACGUUAUACAAGCCCAAGACUCUUCGGUUCUGGUUGACGUUGCUGGCCAACUUCCUGGCUCUCUUCCUUGUUGCCCUGGACCGUACCAUUGUCGCAACUGCGAUCCCUCGAAUUACGGACGAAUACCACAGCCAGGGUGACAUUGGCUGGUAUGGCUCCGCGUAUAUGCUGACGACAUCGGCAUCUCAACUUCUCUUUGGUCGUUUGUUCAAGUUCUACAACACGAAAUGGACGUUCUUGACCUCUGUGGUUAUCUUCGAGGUUGGUUCAGCUAUAUGCGGAGCUGCUCCCACCUCCCCCGUCUUUAUUUUCGGUCGAGCCGUGGCCGGCUUUGGAAGUGCAGGCAUUUUCUCGGGAGCCAUGAUGAUCAUGAUCCCCAUGAUCCCCUUGCCUAAGCGACCCAUGUUCCAGAGCAUGUUUGGAAUGGUGUUUGGGAUUUCGUCGGUUUUGGGCCCAUUACUCGGUGGUGCCUUCACCAGCAGCGCACUUACAUGGAGAUGGUGUUUCUAUAUCAACCUUCCCAUCGGAGGUUUCACGCUGAUUUUCAUGAUUUUCUUUUGGAACCCACCAGCCAAGAAGACCGAGCCAGCUCCAUUGAUGGUUCACAUCAAGCGUCUCGACCCCCUGGGUACAUUUUUCUGCGUCCCGGCCGUGGUCUGCCUGCUUCUCGCACUCCAGUGGGGUGGCGCGACAUACGCCUGGGCCAACUGGCGCAUCAUCUUGCUCCUUGUUCUCUGUGGCGUCCUAGCACUGGCAUUUGCUGCUGUACAGAUCAUCAUGCCCGAUACUGCCUCUAUCCCACCGAGGGUCAUUAAGCAGCGGUCCGUGCUGUUCUCGGUGUGGUUCACGUUCUUCAUCGCAGGCUCUAUGCUCAUGCUGGUAUACUACCUCCCACUUUGGUUCCAAACUGUGGAGCGAGUGAGUGCCUUCAAAUCGGGUAUCUACACAUUGCCACUGGUUCUGUCCCUUUUGGCAUCGAGUUUGAUCAAUGGAGUGGCAACCGCAAAGAUAGGGUACUACGUUCCCUCUAUGUUGCUGUGUCCAUGCAUCAUGGCUGCUGGCGAAGGUCUGCUGAGCACCCUCACCCGUGGCGCCCCUCAGAGCCACUGGGUCGGCUACCAAUUCAUGUCUGGUUUCGGCCUCGGCAUGGGCAUGCAAACGGGUAGCUUGGCCGUGCAGACUGUCCUGCCCAUGGCGGACGUGUCGAUGGGGAUUGCCUGCAUAUUCUUCUCCCAGCAGCUCGGAGGUGCCAUCUUCACGACCGUCGGGCAGGCAAUUCUCAGCAACCUGCUCGUCUCGCGACUGGCAGGUGUCUCUGGUAUUGACCCGGCUCGGAUCGUGGAGAGCGGUGCGACGGAGUUGGCCGAUGUGGUACCGGCCAAGGACCUGACCAUUGUGCUCGAUGCGUACAACCACGCACUGACGAGGAUCUUCUUGGCCGCCAUGGGCCUUGCUUUCGCUGCACUGCUUUGCGCCUUGGCCGUGGAGUGGAAGAGCAUCAAGAAGCCCGGGGCGGGCGCUCCCGUAGAGACAGCGAAGGUUGACCCAGAAAAGUCAAGGACACCAGAAGAUGCCGAUUUGGCAGUGGCCGGGGAGGGCAGGACGAGCCCGUCGAGCAGCAGCAGGGCUGCUAAAUAG